AGCGAUUCGAUACCUGUUGCAUUUUGCAUUCUACGAUUCUCUGUGGUGCAGUGGGGUGCUUCUGUGCGCGUAGCAUAAGCAUCUAGUGCAAGUGUAUCUCCUUCAGGUGACAGCAGUGAAGGUGUCAAUAUGUUGUUAGAUUGAUGCCUCUGAUAUCCUUUAUUUUGAAGUUACUAGCAGUUGAAAGUUACCAUCCCCAAUUCUUCUAAAAAGGCUGAAGAAGGGUAGCUUCUAGGCGUUAAACUUCGGCUUCCAACGAGCUGCGGCAUUCAGUCACUGUUGCAGAGAAAUAAUUUACAUGUUCGAAAUUGAACAAUGCUCCGCUGGUUAAAUACGAUCCCCCGAAAUCGGGGUGGUUCUGCCGUCGUAAAAUCUACUGGUGAAAUCAGUCAACGUGGUCAGCGGACCCUUGCGGAGGCUGCAGCGGCGAUACCGUCAUGGCAGCAGCUGGUCUACACGACGGAUCCCAUCGAUACUUCAGAACAAAAGUUUGGAAAGAUCCUGAUUGCCAACCGUGGAGAGAUCGCGUGUCGAAUUAUCGAUACCUGCCGCCGAAUGGGGAUACGAACAGUGGCGGUUUUUUCGGACGUAGAUUCCCGUUCACUUUUUGCACGAAUGGCUGAUGAGGCGUUCUGCAUAGGUCCGGCUCCGACAAAUCUCUCAUACCUUAAUAUUGAAGCUAUUAUGGACGCUGUACGGAAAUCAGGCGCUGAGGCCGUUCAUCCAGGUUACGGAUUUUUGUCGGAAAACACGGCGUUUGCUGCUCGUCUUGAAAAAGAUGGUGUUUCUUUCAUAGGGCCAAACGCAAAGGCUAUUGAAAGCAUGGGUGACAAAAUAAUGUCUAAACAGCUAGCCAAUGAGGCAAAAGUGAAUUGCAUCCCGGGAUACGAUGGAGUAGUAAAUAGCCCCGAAGAAGCAAUAAAGAUAGCUCAUGAAAUUGGAUAUCCUGUUAUGAUCAAAGCUUCUGCAGGUGGAGGUGGCAAAGGCAUGCGAGUUGCUUGGAACGACAAGGAGGCGGCGGAAGGGUUCCGUUUCUCGAAGGAUGAGGCGGCCGCUUCUUUCGGCGACGACCGCCUUCUCAUAGAGAAAUACAUUGACAACCCGAGGCAUAUCGAAAUUCAAUUCCUCUGCGAUAAACACGGAAACGGCAUUUACCUAAAUGAACGAGAAUGUUCGAUCCAACGACGUAACCAGAAAGUGAUCGAGGAAGCACCGUCUACCUUUGUAACCCCCGAAUUACGGAAAGCGAUGGGCGAACAGGCUCUGGCUCUUGCCAAAGCGGUCGGUUAUGAUUCAGCUGGAACGUGCGAAUUUCUUGUUGAUUCAGGAAAGAACUUCUACUUUCUCGAAAUGAAUACCCGAUUGCAGGUCGAACAUCCAAUUACGGAAUGCAUCACUGGAGUGGAUCUUGUACAGCAAAUGAUUCGAAUAGCUAAGGGGCAUCCGUUAAAGAUUACCCAGGAUAAGGUUCCUCUCAAUGGGUGGGCAUUUGAGAGCCGAGUGUAUGCCGAGGACCCCUUCAAAAACUUCGGCUUGCCAUCCGUCGGGCGACUGCACCGUUAUAUCGAGCCCACAGAUAUACCACAAGUCAGGUGUGACUCGGGCAUUGUGGAGGGAUCUGAAAUUUCAAUCUACUAUGAUCCAAUGAUCUGUAAACUUGUCACGUAUGGUCCAACAAGAGAUGCCGCACGCAAUACUAUGAUCCAGGCGUUGGACAAGUACGUGAUUAGAGGUGUUUCACACAAUAUAGCAUUGCUACGCGCUGUCAUGGAGGAGGAACGCUUUAUUAAAGGAGAUACCAGCACAAGUUAUCUUACGGAAGUCUGGCCAAAAGGUUUUAGCGGAAUUCAAUUAACACCGAUAAAAAAAGAUCAUCUGACGGCUAUUGCGGCGUCCGUGUUUGUGCAGGACGACCUCACGGCCCGUGCUGUGCUGAACUCGUCUCAGCUUCGGCGCACGAACGAAGAGAACCGGACUUGGGAACUGCAGGUGGAAAAUGGACCGGAGAAAAGCCGUACCUCAGUUAUGAAGACUUCGUGCGGUAAAUACGUUGCAACGAUUGGCAGUAGUCAGUAUACCUUGAGGCUUCCUACCAGUUUAUCGCAACCCACCAUCGAGGUGUGUUUUGAUAAAGACAAGGACAUCGAAUACGUGGUCCAGUUGCCUACACGAGACUUUGCUGGUAAUAUACAGCUACGAUUUGAAGGAACAACUUUCAAUCUUAAGGUGGUGACUAGCAAAUGUGCUGAAUUCCUACGACGAAUGCCUGAGAAACCAAAACCGGAUGCGUCUAAACAGGUGAUGGCUCCGAUGCCAGGUUUGGUAAAGUCGGUUGCAGUGGGUACUGGAGAUUUAGUUGCUGAACACCAAGAAGUCUGCGUAGUUGAAGCCAUGAAAAUGCAAAACUCAUUGGUUUCUAAUGCAACAGGAAAGGUAAAAGCUGUGCUUGUUAAAGCAGGCGAGGCCGUGGAGGAAGGCCAGUUGCUCGUUGAAUUGGAAUAAUAGAAGACAGGCAUCGUCAAGUAAAAUAACGGUUUACCAGUCAGACUAGAACAAUCUGUUGAUUUUAGCUGAGGUUAUUCCGUUCAUUAGUUAACAUCACUUCACAGCAAUGCUUUUCAUUGAAAAGUGAUUGAAUCUACGAUUCAAAAAUGUAUCAUAUGGCUUUGAGAUAUCAUCUUUAUAGUAUCCCUCUAAACAAGAUGAAAAACAGGAACUUGUGCCAUCAACGACAGUUACAAAAGAGCGCAUCAGUGAAGCAACUGACUGAACGAUUAAAGCCUUUUGCAGAAUAAAUAACUUGGUCUCCAACA